AUGUGUAUAUAUGUGUACUAUUUACACUGUGAGACUCCGUGUCAAUCUUCUCUCUUUUCUCUCUCUCAUCACUCACCUUAUACUUUCCCUUAUCCUUUCACUUUGAAUUUUCACUCUCAAAUUCCCUUCUCUUUAGCUGAAGCCGUGUGUAACAUUGUUAAAAAAAAAAAAAAAAAAGUUGAUUCAGUUAAGAAACGCACAAGAGAAUUUAACAUUUCUAAGUUGAGCGAGGAGGAGUUGAAAAAACUGGUGAGAGAAUGCUUGGAGAGGAAAAGGUAUCUGGUGGUCCUCGAUGACCUGUGGAAAACACAAGAUUGGGACGAGUUGCACGAUGCUUUUCCUGACGACAACAAAGGCAGCAGGAUAUUGAUUACUAGUCGUUUGAAAGAGGUGGCGUUGCAUACUAGCCAUCAUCCUCCUUACUAUCUUCAGUUUCUUAGUGAAGAUGAAAGUUGGGAGCUCUUCUGCAAGAAAGUGUUUAGGGGCGAAGAGUACUCUUCUGAUUUGGAGCCUUUGGGGAAACAGAUAGUUCAAAGUUGUCGUGGUUUGCCACUCUCAAUCGUGGUGUUAGCAGGGUUGCUAGCCAACAAGGAAAAAUCAUAUAGAGAAUGGUCUAAAGUGGUGGGUCAUGUCAACUGGUAUCUUACUCAAGAUGAGACCCAAGUGAAGGAUAUAGUUCUCAAACUCAGCUAUGACAACCUGCCAAGGAGAUUGAAACCGUGCUUUCUGUUUCUUGGGAUAUUCCCCGAAGACUUUGAAAUCCCAGUUAGGCCAUUAUUGCAACGAUGGGUUGCCGAAGGAUUUAUACAAGAAACAGGGAAUAGAGACCCAGAUGAUGUUGCUGAAGACUACUUGUACGAGCUCAUUGAUCGUAGUUUGGUCCAAGUAGCAGCAAUGAAGACUAGUGGAGGCGUGAAGACUUGUCACAUCCAUGAUCUUCUUCGAGAUCUUUGCAUAUCAGAGAGCAAAGAAGACAAGGUUUUCCAAGUUUGCACAGGUAAUAACAUUCUAAUCUCCACAAAACCCCGCAGACUGUCCAUUCAUUGUAAUAUGGGUGACUACAUUUCUUCAAACAACAAUGACCAGUCAUGUAUCCGUUCUUUGUUCAUGUUUGGGCCACGUUAUUUUUUUAUUCCAAGCGAGUUGAAAAGACUUUUCAAAGGCUUCAAAUUGGUUCGAGUGUUAGAGCUUGGAACAGACAGUUGUGGAGGAAAGAUUCCAUCUAAUUUGGGGGACUUUAUCCACUUAAGGUAUUUGAGAAUUGACUCGCAACAUGUUAGAAUUAUUCCAGCUUCUAUACUUACCCUUCAGAAUUUACAAACCGUAGACCUAGGUUGUUGGCGUUUGACUAUUCCAAUUUCUUUCCCUGCUCAAAUAUGGAAGCUCAAACAUUUAAGGCAUUUGUAUGCGCCAGGGCCUAUCAAGCUUAGAGGCCACUAUUCAAAACCAAGUGAGGUUAUGUGGAAUCUUCAAACCAUGAACGCCAUUGUGUUGGACGAACAAACAUCAUAUUUGAUAUAUAAAGGAACUUUCCCCAACCUUAAGAAUUUAAGUCUGCAAAUAUCUUCGGGUCGCAAGGCUAAAUGGCCUAAGUUGUUGCAGAGCCUACAACAAUUAAGUCAUUUGAGUAAGUUAAGGAUUUCCUUUGAAAUCAAUUUUUGUGAAGGUUCACUGUCCGGAAACUAUAUGAAAAGCAUGGAGUGGCACAUUGGUUGUAAGCCGCAAGAAGUAUUACAAUGCAUAGGGCAGUUGAGUCAUGUAACUACGCUGAAAAUUGUCAAUGCCUUGGACCUUCUAACAUGUAGGGUCACGUUUCCUCCAAAUGUUAUAAAGUUAACAUUGACAGGUAUUAGUUGUGUGACUGAUGAGGGAAUGGAUUCUUUGGGAAAUCACACGAAACUCCAAAAAUUGAGACUAACUGGAGGAAUUUUGUCAGAAUCCUUUGACCUCAAUUGUGUUGCAGGAAGGUUCCCACAACUGCAGGUGUUUGAGAUGAGUGGUUUGAAAGUUAGAAACUGGAAAUUAGGCAACAGUGCAAUGUUAUGCCUCCAAAGUCUGAUCAUCCACAAAUGUGAAAUGUUAGAUGGCAUUCCAAAUGAACUGUGGUCUUUGAUUGCCUUGAGAAAAGUGCAAGUAAAGCAACCCUCGGAAGCAAUGGCUCACAUGCUACAAAACUUGGAAAUGAAGGAUGGGGUUGAACUUAUAGUUGAACCGAAGGAACGUCAUGAUUCUACUGUAAUAUUAUCUAUGGAUGAAAUUUGGGAGGCAUUUAAUUCACGUGGUAUUGUUUUUGUUUAUUAGGAAGCCAGUUUGUUUGAAAGGGUUUGGAUUUUUUUUUUGUCAUCAAUAAAUCAGAUGUUCACACGUGUGUUGAAUAAGUUGAGUUGGGGUCAAUUCUCAUAUAAUGAUUGACUGAAUUUGAUUUU